AGGGUUCUGCGCCGCUCCCCCGCCCCUUUUAUCUUCCUCGGAGUGUUUCUUUAGCCCCGAGGGUGUCUCCAUUCCUGCGACCCACCGCAGCGGAGCUCGAGGCGAAUUCCGUUGUUGAGCCAUGGUUAAGCAUAACAAUGUUGUGCCAAAUGGGCACUUCAAGAAGCACUGGCAGAACUAUGUCAAGACCUGGUUUAACCAACCAGCUCGCAAAACCAGAAGACGCAUUGCUCGACAGAAGAAGGCUGUGAAAAUUUUCCCACGGCCAACUUCUGGACCCCUGCGACCUGUUGUUCAAUGUCAAACACUCAAAUACAAUAUGAAAUCUAGAGCUGGCCGGGGUUUUACUCUUGAGGAGCUCAAGGCAGCAGGCAUUCGAAAGAAGCUUGCCCCAACUAUUGGCAUAGCCGUAGAUCACCGUCGAAAGAACCGUUCCCUUGAGGGUCUUCAAGCUAAUGUCCAGAGGCUGAAGACAUACAAAGCCAAGCUUGUCAUCUUCCCAAGGCGUGCACGCAAAUUUAAGGCUGGUGAUUCUGCUCCGGAGGAACUGGCGACUGCCACUCAGGUCCAAGGCCCCUACAUGCCCAUCGUCCACGAGAAGCCCACGGUCGAGCUUGUGAAGGUCACAGAUCAGAUGAAAUCAUUCAGGGCGUAUGCAAAGCUUCGUGUUGAGCGGAUGAACCAGCGCCAAGUUGGUGCCAGAUUGAAGAAGGCCGCAGAAGCAGAGAAGGAAGAGAAGAAAUGAUUGGGUUCAUGCCUUGGCUGGUGUUGGGCUCAUUCAUUUCAAUAUUUUGUACUGGUAGUUUUGAAUCUGAUCUUGGCUCACCCGUUUUUCCAUAAAUUCUGAAACAGUGAAACUCCGAGGCAUUUAGACUUUCUUGCUCGGGCUGCCUUCUAUUUUAUUGCUAUGCUAUGCUUGGUUAGCUUUAAUUUCUGCAUCUAUCUUGCUAUUGAAUUCUCUCCAACCGUUUUUAAAGGGUUGUGGUAUUAAUCAGAGAGCAGACUUGGUUAAUGCUC